AUGGACGCCCGCGCCCCGAUCUCCUCGCCCACGGCAGCCUCGUCCUCCUCGACGCGCGCCUCGCCCUCAAACAGCUUCGCGCCGCCGCAGGCGCCGCAGCAGAAGAGCGCCGGCACCGACGCCUUCAUCCGCGACCUGAACCUCGUCGCCGAGGCGGCGAAGCGCGCGCAGAUGGCCGUGCUGAUGCGCGAUAUGGAGGGCUUCGCGAUAUCAUAG